UACCUUACAGUGUAGUGGACCACUUGAUAAUUAAAAUCUCAACUUUUUCAAAUCUUUUUUUUUUUGCUUUGUCCACCCCCUCAAAGUACACCCUUCCUUCCAGUAACCACAUACACAACCACUGAUAUUGAUAGCACGUUGCUGACACAAAGUUGACUUGCGUGUGAAACAUCAGGACAGAGACAGAGUGCAGCAGUGUCCAAGCUCACAUCAUCUGUUAGUGUGCUUACGGUAAUGGGAAAGAUGGCAUGAGCUACUAAGAUUUAUUAGAGAUCUGAAUGUCAACCAGUGAGUACAAAUAUCUCCUCACUCAGGCAGCAGCUGGACUAACAUGUGGCUGUGGGCACUGCUCCCCAUCUCCCUGGCGGUCUUUGGCACCGUGGGCGUUUGGACUGUGUUUGCUGUAGCUGUAAGAAAUGGAUCAGUCAACCUCACAGAAGGAGUCCCUUACAUCAGUGUGUGUGGCUCUUACACCCCUCAGAGCUGUCUCUUCUCCCAGAUCUGCAACAUCAUCUCCUUUCUAGCCCUGUGGAUUGUGCUGAUCCGUUUCAAGCACGUUAGGGACAAUGGUAACCACGGAAAGGCUAACACAGCCAGCAUUGUUUUGGGUUUGAUCUCCUCUGUAGGACUCUCCAUUCUUGGCAACUUCCAGGAAUCAGUCUUGUUGAGUAUUCACCUACUGGGAGCGUACCUGGCUUUCUACCUUGGCCUGGCCUACUUCUGGGUCCAGCUGUUUCUAACCUACAGAGCUCCGCCGUCUCAGGACCGAUGCUGGGUCACUCCUGCCAGGGCCACCUGCUGCACCCUCUGCACCAUCCUGGUCAUCCUUAUGACCAGUCUCGGCAUCACAGGCUUUCACUCUGGGGCUGCUGUGUGUGAAUGGGCCAUGGUCAUGUUGUUCUUCGGCCUGUUUAGCCUUUUUGCAACUGAGUUCAGACACAUCAACUGCCAGCUCACUGUACGGGAAUCAGCUAUUAGAAAUGACUACAGCUCCUCUUCAACAGAAAUCCAUGAUCAUGUCGCAAAUGCACUUAGCUGAAAACACUUGGACUGUACCUACAGUUGUCAUUUUGUCUUUUUAAUGUAGUCACAAUGCUUCUGCACUAGUUUCAUAAUGUACACAUCAACUUAUAUUUAGAUGCAAUAAUAACCCAUUUAUUUGAUAUCUGUAUAUUUAAAAUAUUUUAACAAAAGCUGUAUUUUAGCCUAUUUGAACAUUUUAUUUAAUACUUUGUCUCAAGUGUUUGUAAGAUUUACCACCUUUAACGUUUUAUGUCGCCUUUCCAUUCCAUGAUCAACACCGUAAAGAACGUCUUUCUAUUUCUUUAAAAUGAUAAUCUGACUCUUUGUUUUUAGCUUUAGUGCGGAACACUGAUGAACGAUCAUAGUAUUCAAAAAGCCUAGGGGAUGUCAUCAAAUGGAUUGUUUUGUUCAACCCCAAGAUCCAGGAAGAUAAGAGUUUACUCACAUUAAAUAAAAAAAAAAGAAGUAGAACUUUAACAUAAUUGAGAAGCAGGAACAAGAGAUGGUUGUGCAUUAUUG